UCCACCUCCUCCAUCUUGAUCUCCACUCAACUCUCCUUCACUGCCCUCUUUUCCUUCCUCGUCGUCCGUCAACGCUUCACCGCUUACUCAAUCAACGCAGUCAUCCUUCUGACUGUUGGGCCCAUAGUAUUAGGGUUGAGUUCGAGCAAGGACAGGCCGGAGGGUGAAUCCAAUAGGAAGUACUACUUAGGGUUCUUUAUGACCAUCACGGCGUCGGUGCUCAUAGGGGUGAUCCUACCGUUGACGGAGAGGACGUAUAAGAUGGUGAACGAGGGGAUGAGUUAUGUGGUGGUGAUGGAGGUUCAGUUUGUCAUCGGAGUUUUUGGGAGUGUAUUUUGCCUAGUGGGGAUGCUAGUGAGCAAGGACUUUGAGGCAAUUCGAAGGGAAGCAAAAGAGUUCGGACUUGGAGAGGAGAAAUACUACGUGGUGCUCAUUUUCGGUGCCAUCUUCUGGCAGUUUACGAACUUGGGCUUGGUGGGAGUCAUCUCUUGUUCUUCCUCGCUCUUUGGUGGCAUCCUUAUCGCUGUUCUCCUACCGCUAUUGGAGAUCUUAUCAGUCAUAUUUUUCCACGAGAAUUUUGAUGGAAGCAAAGGCGUCGCUCUCGCUCUCUGCUUAUGGGGUUUCGUAUCGUACUUGUACGGAGAGAGGAAGCAACAAAAGAAGCUAAAGAAGAAGAGGGAGGUGGAGCUUCCGUAAUCGUUAGUGCCACGAAAUUAGUUGUAUGUGUGAUAUGUGUUCGGGGUUUAAUUUCCAGGUAAGAUUUACUAUAAUAAUGUUACGACGUUGAUACGAAGAUCUCCUACUUGUACAACUGAUUUGCUAAGAGGCUUGCUAAAUCAGCUGAUAAUUUUCUUUGUGUUCUUGCCCGUGUGAAGAAUCGAUCCCAUGUACAUUUUCUUUCUUGUCUCAGGACCGCAAUCAGUUAAAACAUGUAAUCAGAUAUAUGUUGGUG